CGUGCCCAAUCGCCGUAUACUUUCCGCGUUUAACUUGGAUGACAUUUUUAUUUCAUCAUUAGCAUCCGGCGCCAGCUUGACGCAGCGAGCAGAGCUCCAUUUCAAUCGAGGAUCUCUUUCAAGAUCUGCAAGAUGCAAGAUUAAUCUUACUUUUGUUUUUCUACUAUUUUUCUUUAUUUGAUCGCUAUUGCUGACUGCCUUUUCACCGGCAGAGCACUGACUUUUGAAAUCCAACAACAAAUCAUUGAAGGACUUUCAGCGAAAUACAAUUGUCUUGUUGGUACAGCCUGCAGAGGAAGUUUUAACCCGUUUUUUUCGUGGUCGAAGGCGUUAGAGAUACAAGCCUAGCCUACGCUGUCAUGCCUGAGACUACGCCAGAGACGUGUGCGCCGGCCAAAGACUCUCCGUUUUUCAUCAAAAACCUGCUGAACUGUGACAGCAAGCCAUCCAAACCAAAGCCCAUGCUCGCACCAUCGAAAGUCGGACUGGAGGGCGGUUUUUCAUUCUCGCAGGUCGGAGACCUUCACUUUCCACGCUUCGAUUUCCCCACACAGAGGUUCGCACUACCUGCAUAUCUCGAGCGUGCAUCGGCUUGGUGGUAUCCUUACACGAUUAGUCCUUCCUCGCAUCUCCAAAGAACUGUAGAGGCCGCAGAAAAAGCCAGCGUAAGGGACUCCUCUCCAACGUCUGCUGGCACCGAUCGGGAUUCUCCAGACCUGGUGCUCAAGACCGAGCCAGACACCAAAGAUGACGAAGACGACAAUAAAAGCGCAGACGAGAUAGUGCUGGAGGAAAGCGACACCGAUGACACGAAGAAGGAGGGUGGCGCAGACGAGUGGAAGAGAAGCGAGGACGGCACUGACAAGAAGCCCUGUAGGAAGAAGAAGACGCGGACUGUGUUUUCCCGGAGUCAGGUGUUCCAGCUCGAGUCCACCUUCGACAUGAAACGCUACCUGAGCAGCUCGGAGAGGGCCGGUCUGGCUGCCUCUCUGCACCUCACGGAGACACAGGUGAAGAUCUGGUUCCAGAACCGGAGGAACAAGUGGAAGAGACAGCUGGCCGCAGAGCUGGAGGCGGCCAAUCUGAGCCAUGCGGCGGCUCAAAGGAUUGUGCGAGUACCCAUUCUCUACCACGAGAACUCGGCCGCAGAGAGUGGCGGCGCCCCGGGGUCUGUCCCUGUCAGCCAACCGCUCCUAACGUUUCCUCACCCUGUAUAUUAUUCACACCCAGUCGUUACAUCCGUUCCGCUGCUUAGACCGGUUUGAUCCAUAAUCCAUUUCAUUUUAAUUAUUACUUUUUUAUUACAUGACAUAACAAGAACACAGAACGCCAUACGACAACCAUAAUAACAACCUAUUUUUGUAAUUCAGAUAAAACAAGCAUGAUAUAGGCAAGAGGGGAUUUCCAAUGCUGAGAAGUGUGUUUUAAUUUAAACACAUAUUAUUAUUAUUAUUAUUAUUAUUAUUAUUAUUAUUAUUAUUAUUAUUAUUAUUAUUAUUUGAUUGCCGUUAUUUCUUACCGGUUGACAUAAUUUCUCACUAUUAAGGCAUAGUGGCACUGGAUGUCAACGAGGCCUUGAGUUGAUUCUAUUUUAUUUUACAGGAAAUUAUGUUCAGGGUUUUUGGAGACUCCUAUUACCAAGCUGCCUCGUGCGUUUUUUAGACUAAAAGGUGUUGUGAAUCUGAUUUCACACUUGGAAGCCUAUCACAUUUUUACACUGAUUCAUUUGCAAUCUAAUAAGCACUGUAGCCUUUGGAACAUCAAUACUUAUUGUGUUAUUAUAUCUUUAAUUUAGUCUCUUACUUUCCCGUCAUAAUUUUAUUUAGACUCGGAAGUAAACUAAGUUCUUAUAGUUAUGAUCACCUCAAGAGGGACCGACAUCUCUUGACACACGGUUUUAAUCAGUGGGACAAUCAUUUUCUUCUUGUGUAUACAUGUUCUGCCUAAAUGGGGUAAAUAGGCUAUCGUUCUGCCAACAACUGGACUCUACACUAGCAAAUGUGAAUUGGUGUUAUUCAAUUUAUGGUUUCAGUGAACACGUGUUUGUACAUUUGUAUAUAAAAUAUUUAAUCCUUAUAAGGGCAAUAGCCCUUUGUACAGGAAGAGAUAACUUUUUGAUAUUGUAUUGCUGAAAUAUGUUGUGAAA